UAAAGGUCUCCUCGGCGGCGGCGGCGGCGGAAGGCGGGAGGCAUGUCCAAGGGCCCGGUGGCGGGCGGCCCUGCCGCGGCCGGGCCGGCGAGCGCCGCCAGCGCGCUGCAGGCGCAGCCCGAGAAGCCGCAGCACUACACGUACCUGAAGGAGUUCCGCACGGAGCAGUGCCCGCUCUUCGUGCAGCACAAGUGCACUCAGCACCGGCCCUACACCUGCUUCCACUGGCACUUUGUCAACCAGCGCCGGCGCAGGUCCAUCCGCCGCCGCGACGGGACCUUCAACUACAGCCCCGACAUCUACUGCACCAAGUAUGAUGAGACCACAGGAAUCUGCCCCGAAGGAGAUGAGUGUCCCUUCUUGCAUAGAACUACUGGAGACACAGAGAGGAGGUAUCACUUACGCUACUACAAAACUGGAAUCUGCAUCCAUGAGACAGACUCCAAGGGAAACUGCACCAAGAACGGAGUCCACUGCGCCUUUGCUCAUGGGCCCCACGACCUGCGCUCACCCGUGUAUGACAUCAGAGAGCUUCAGGCGAUGGAAGCUUUACAGAAUGGUCAGACAACAUCUGAAGGAGGCAUUGAGGGUCAGUCUGCAGUCGCUGCCAGCCAUGCCAUGAUAGAGAAAAUACUCAGUGAGGAGCCAAGGUGGCAAGAUACAACAUAUGUGUUGGGAAACUACAAGACAGAGCAGUGUAAGAAGCCCCCCCGGCUCUGCCGCCAGGGUUAUGCCUGCCCCUACUACCACAAUAGCAAAGACAGAAGACGAAGUCCAAGAAAACACAAAUACAGAUCUUCACCGUGUCCCAGUGUGAAGCAUGGGGACGAGUGGGGAGAUCCCAGUAAGUGUGAAAAUGGAGACUCCUGCCAGUACUGCCACACUCGCACAGAGCAGCAGUUCCACCCAGAGAUCUACAAAUCCACCAAAUGCAAUGAUAUGCAGCAGUCUGGCAGCUGUCCCCGAGGACCCUUCUGUGCCUUUGCACAUGUAGAACAGCCGGUGCUCAGCGAAGAUUUGCAGCAAUCCUCGGCCGUGUCCAGCCCCACACAGACAGCACCUGUGAUGUACAUGCCCUCAGCAGCUGGGGACUCUGUUCCAGUCAGCCCUUCCAGUCCACAUGCCCCAGACCUUAGCAAUGUGUGGAAUAAAUCAGGAACUCUGCCAACUAGCCCCACCUCCACCACAAUUCUUUGUAGGAACAGCAGUCUUGGAAGCCCAUCUAAUAUAUGUGGGUCUCCUCCUGGUGCCAUUGGGAAGCCCCACAGCUUGGAGAGUAUUGGUUUUCCUCCAGACUCAGUCACAGCAGCUGGCAGCUACAAGAAAGCACCGGGGUUUGAGCGAGAAGAUCAGGUUGGGGCCGAGUAUUUGAAGAGUUUCAAAUGCCAGCAAGCAAAAAUGAAGUCCCACUCCCUGGAACACAGGAGCCAGGAACAACCUUUGUUACAGCCCAAACAGGACAUCCUGGGCAUUCUCCCAGUGGGGAGCCCACUGACAUCCAGCAUCUCCUCUAGUAUCACCUCCAGUCUGGCUGCAACCCCCCCGAGCCCCGCCGGCACCAGCAGCAUUCCAGGCAUGAAUGCCAAUGCCCUUCCCUUCUAUCCAACCAGUGACACCGUUGAGUCUGUCAUAGAGUCUGCCUUGGAUGACCUGGACCUGAAUGAAUUCGGAGUGGCUGCCCUGGAGAAGACAUUUGACAGCAGCACAGUGCCCCACACGAGUGGCAUCAUGAUAGGUGGGAGUUUGCUGCAAAGUUCUGCUCCUGUAAAUAUCCCCGGGUCCCUUGGAAGCUCUGCCUCCUUUCACUCCGCCUCUCCUUCUCCACCGGUCAGCCUCUCAUCGCAUUUCCUCCAUCAGCCCCAGGGACACUUAAGCCAGUCAGAAAACACUUUCCUGGGGACAUCAGCUUCUCAUGGAUCAUUAGGUUUAAAUGGGAUGAACAGCAGCAUAUGGGAACACUUUGCUUCGGGGAGUUUUUCGCCCAGUACCUCACCUGCAUUUCUGUCAGGUCCAGGUGCUGCGGAGAUGGCACGGCUGCGACAAGAGCUGGAUGAGGCCAAUGGCACAAUAAAGCAGUGGGAAGAGUCUUGGAAACAAGCCAAGCAGGCUUGUGAUGCUUGGAAAAAGGAGGCAGAGGAAGCAAAUGAUCGCGCCAACACAGCUAACAUGGAAUGUGAACUGGCCCGGGAGCAGAGGGAAGCCUUGGAGCUGCAAGUGAAGAAACUGCAGGAGGAGCUGGAGAGGAUCCACACCGGGCAGGACCCGCAGUUCCUGCGCUCCUUCUCUGACCUGGAGACGCUCUCACUCUCGUCGCUCUACACCCUGCAGAAACAGCUGCGGGCAAACCUGGAGAAAGUGGACAAGGCGGUAUUUCAGAUGCAGUCAGUGAAAUGCCUUAAGUGUCAGGAGGAGAACCGGGUGGUGCUGCCGUGCCAACACGCGGUGCUGUGCGAGACGUGCGCUGAGGAGGGCGAGUGCCCCAUCUGCCACCCCAACAGGCCCCACUCUCUGCAGUCGUGACCUUCCAGGGACACUCGUUCUGAUCAUAUCCUAGAGAACUUUUUAACUUUAUACAUACGUACAUAUAUAUGUAUGUGUAUAUAUAUAUAUGUAUAUAUGUGUGUGCAUGGGCGUGGCUGUGCACCUGUAGGGACGUGCACACACACGCACAUGCACACAUGAAAACAGAAAAUUAGUUGCAGAGCACUUUUUAAUAUUUUACAUCCCGUAUCUAAACUGCCCCUCACCCGUGCCCCACUAAUUCUAACUCUUGAUGAACUUUGAGAGCUGUUUUUAAUACAGAUCAAAGGGCCAUUUGCAAAGAGUCUGUGUUUCUCCUCUUUUCUAUUUAGGUGAUAACAAAUUUUUGACUAUUUCCAGAAGGACUUAGAGUGGGCAAGAGGGGCUUCCACGUGCUUUCCAGAGGAAGAGUUGAGAUCACGGGGAGGAUCGAGGUGGUUUGAAAUGACUAGCUCAUGCCUUUGGUCCCCCUGCUCUUUCACUGACCCAGCUUGGUUAAAGCCGUCCUCCCUGAUGGGAGCUCUGCCAGGCUCCUGCCUGGAGGGCUUCACACUGCCCAUCUCUGAAUGUGCAGGAACUUUGUCUGUCAUUUAAUCAGCAAAGUUCACUUUUUAAAUUUUUUUACACUCUUUGUAUAUUUGUAUGAAAAGAAGAAAAGAGGAAAAAAAAAUUUCUAUUGGACCUAGAGCAAGCCAAGCCCCAAAAUUCAGUGACCAAUGUUCACUGCUGAUGCAGCCAACAUGUUCCAGGUCUGAGCAGCCUUAGAAGAAUUGCCCUUGGGUGAGCCAAAGCCCUUUAUGAAGGAAAUUUGGAUGCAGAGGUUAGUUCCCUCCAGGCACCCCUUUGUCUGGUGGCUGUUUGGAGACUUUUUACUGUUUCAGACCAGAUUAGUUUUGUUUUAGCCACAGGGACCGGAUUCGUAGUCACUGCUGAAGUGCAUGAACCAAUUCCAGGUAGGCUGAGGACAUUUUUGUUGCCUGUGUCAGCAGCUCAAGGGUGGUUUGCUGGCUCCAGAAACCCUGGUGCUAGAGAUGUGUGGUGACAGAAAUAGACCAGCAGGACAGAGAAAUGCCACCAGCUCAGACCUGCCCAGCAGCUGAGCUUUCCUGUGACGUUCCUUACCAGCAUGUCCAUUGGAUUUUUACAUCAGGUGGAUUGCAGUAACCUGCUGGGAUCUCAACCAAAAGGCCACUCAGUUGACUAAACAUUUUUAUUUUGCACAGGGAUGCUCCUGUGCUGUCCCUCCAUGACCUGGAAAAGCACUGGAACCUCCAGCAGCCCACUAUUGUAGGAAAACUGAAUUUUUACCAGAGCCUCUCAGAAAGCUUCGUAUUUAAUACAAACACAUAAUUAGGUUUGUUUCCAUAAUUCCACCUUUCCUCUCCAUGGAAGGGGUUAAUAUGCAUUCCCAGAUGAUCUCUUAAGUGCAGCUCUGUGUAGUUCUUUUUUAUGUUUUCCCAUUAACUUGUUUUUGGGUUUUUUGGUAAAAAUGCUUUUUUUCCAUGUGUAUUUUAUUGUAACUAGCAUCAGGUUUUUUAAUUUUUUUUAAUGGAGAGACACUGUUGAGUGACUAUUGUGGCUAUGUUGUUUGGUUAUAGCCUUUGAAUGUCUGUGCCAUGGGGCAGCACAUCUGCCUUGGUCUGAUCUUAAAGAAAGACCUUUUAUUAAAAUACAUGAACAUUU